UAGAAAAAAAGAAAAAAAUAAAAUUAGGACUCCAUCGAAUGAAGGCAGUGCGGAGCACACGCAGCACCACUGAGCGGGGAGUUUCGAUGGUUGCGAUCGCCGCUUACCUUCCCCCACUUCCGACGCAUUUUGGCUCGAAACCCGGUGACCUCCGGCGAUUUUGGUUCACUUCUCCGCUGGAUAUCGCCACCAUUCCGUGGAAUCGUAGCUUUCAAUGGCAUGGGAGUGAGAGUGGAGCGUUGGCUGUGCGUUUUCGUCCCCCUCGUGCAUCGAUUUCUACGACGACGGAAGGAACUUCUGAUCAGGAGCUUAGAUUGGUGCUUGAACUCGCUACGGACGAGGAACUCUAUGAGUUGGAGAAUAUUCUCUACGGCCGAAGCUACUUUAGUCCGUUGCUAAAGUCAAUUUCUAGCAAACCAGAUAUUGAUUAUAUUCUUGAAGAAGCAGAUGACCAACAACGAGAGGAUUACAUAACACACCUUGAAUCACGUUUCUUUUUCCUUGCAGCAGAUGCUCGUUCUACACUAAGGGGUUGGAGGCCAUCAUACAGAAAUGUCUUAUUGGGUGUGAGAAGAAAGCUGAACAUUUCAUGCUCAAAUAAACUGUCAACAGAAGACCUGGAAGUUGAAAUUUUUCUUCAUCUAUUGCAGGAUUAUUCAAGUCAGGAAAAUAGUUCUCUGUCCUCUGUGGGGGAAGACAACAAACUCGCAAACGGAGGAAGUUUGGGUGUAGGACUUAGCCAAUGGAAAUUACAACUGCUUGGUGUCCUGAGAACUGGGGCAAAGGAAUUCCAAGACAUGAUUUUGAAGGGAGGUGGCAUGUUAACAUUGUCAAGGAUUUUUCAAUUGUUAUCUAAUAGAUUCUCUGGAAAGUUGAUAAUGGAAGCCGCCAACUAUGAGAUAAAGCGUGAAAUUAUGAAGAGGGGUGGACAAAUGGCAGCUAUCAACUUGGAGUCUAGGGCAGCUUUGCUUGCUGCAAGAAAGGGACUGGCGUGUGCAGCAUCACGGUAUCUUGGGCUUAGGAGCUUGAUGGUUUUCCUUGGGCCUUUGCUAUGGGGAACUUUCCUGGCUGAUGUUGUGAUUCAAAGUUUGGGUACAGACUAUGCCAGGGUUCUGAGAGCAAUAUAUGCAUUUGCUCAGAUUCGUCUUACAAGAACCUAUGGGUGAAAGAGCAAUGGAACUUGGAUCUCUUCUGCCACUAUACCUUUCACUUGGAUUGCUUCCUGUUUUUGCUGGAAGAGAUGAGCUGAAAGUUUAAUAUUAUUUGUGGUUUUAUUUUCGUGUUUUGCUAAUGGUUUUUUACUUAUAUUAUUUAUUUGUUUUACAGUUCGUUUGCAUUUAUUUUGGGGUUAUGAUGAGACAUAAUUUAACUGUUUUAAGGGGUAGUUGGUGGCAUGCGUUAAAAGAUAUUAUUGUAGCUUUAAACAGGUGCAUUUAAAU